AUGGUUUCCUACAAAGCACCGAGCGAGUUUGAGCAGGAGCACUACUACGAUGGGCUCAAGUUCAGCCCACGCCUCGUCGCUCGAACCUCGACCGACGCCUGGGAUCCCGCGACCCGGAAGCUUCUCCUCAACACUGCCCGUGGGCACAGGGCGCUCAACCUCUGGAACGACCCGGCCAUGGUGCUGGUGAAGAAGAUUCAGCUGGAGCUGUGCGAGCGAGGCGUUUCGUUCACCUCGAUCGGUCUGUGGCGCAUCGGAUACAGUCAUGACUUUGCCCCGUCUCGGAGAGCGCCGCCGGUAGUCCUGAUCACUGUCCGCCGCGGAUCGACGUCUUGGAAAGAAGGCCUCGAGGCGGCGCUCGGCUGCAAAGCAGUCUUAGAACAGUACGGAGUUGCUGAUGUUCAUUGUGAGGUUCGCGAGCCGCUUCAGGAAUCAUAA